UUCACUUUACUCUGUAUUUGAACAUUGUGGGACGUGUGCUUUCGCAAAAAGAUUUUUAAUGUCUUGAAAAUGGCAGAUUCCGAGGUUUUAAAAAGGUUGAAGGAUAUACCAUUCAAAAUCCAGACCGCAAGUUUGAAGGGAAGACGUGACGUGCUCGAGGAUAUUCAGGAUGUUCUCUCUACUCCAGGUAUCACAGAGCCGGCAGUACGGUUUGUGUGCCGGGUGCUGGGCUCUACCCUGCACCGGUACCGUGACGCCACCUCGCAGUCGUACGUGAAGGAUCUGCUCGCGUACCUGGCCACCAACCAUAGGGAAUGGACGCUGCGCAGCUUUCUACCAGUGCUCCUUGAUAUAUCUGAGCAAUUGAAAAAUAUAUCAACAUCUAAAAGCAUAUCUCAGAGUGGUCUGUAUGCGCUGCGAUGGUCAACAGUGCUGGUGAAUAAUUCCCUCACUGCCAAGGAGGAGGAUGAUGUCGACUACAAGUCACUGGUUCUAUCACAGGCCAACCUGCUGGCAGUGGUCACCGCAUACGGCAAUAAGAGGAAAAAUGACAAGGCAUACUCUAUGCUACACACCUCGUGGUGCGCCAUCGGCAGUAAGUUGGGCAAGUGGCUCGAGGUGCUGGUGGCGCAGGCAGCCGACUCAGGGCCACACGUGUGUGUUGCGUUCUCCGCUCUCUGCAGGCACUAUAAACAAGUUGGAGAUGAACAAACUAUCUCGCAGCACAAGGCAAAAAUGUUGGAGAGCUUCAUAAAGAGCCUGAUCAGCGUGAAGUGUCGCCCCAACUCCAAUUACAUCAAAGGCUGCUGGGACUUGCUGCACAUGUUGGACUGCAAUGAAGUGCACGAGAAGCUGCUGCCCGCGCUGCACAAGGCCAUGCUCAGGAGCCCGGAGACCAUCAUACAGGCUGUCGGAGAGGUCAUAGCCAAUCUGGACGUCGAUCUGGACGGUAUCGCUGUGGAUAUUGGAAAGAGCUUGAUUGGGAACCUGCACUCGCGGGAGCCAUGGGUGCGGUCGGAGGCGGCGGCUGCGCUGGAGCGGCUGGCGGUACGGUGUGCAGCGGCGUCAGCAGCUCGCGCACUGCUCGACCACGCCUUCGCUGAGUACCACGGCGCAGGCGGCAACCUUACCUCCAGCGAGGACAAGGCCGCGCUCCUCAACGGCGUGGGCGUGCUGAGCUCGGUGCGCGUGCCGGCGGAGGAGCGCGCGCAGCUGGCGAGCGUGGCCAGCACGCAGCUGGCGCGCGUGCUCGCGCACGAGUCGCACGACCGCACGCUGUGCGCCGCGCUGCGCCCGCUGCGGCUGUGGACGCGCGCGCACGCCCCGCGCACGCUGCCGCCGCACCUCGCCGACCUGCUCCAGGUACCGACCUCCGCCGUACGAGUCGCACGAGUCGCACGACCGCACGCUGUGCGCCGCGCUGCGCCCGCUGCGGCUGUGGACGCGCGCGCACGCCCCGCGCACGCUGCCGCCGCACCUCGCCGACCUGCUCCAGGUACCGACCUCCGCCGUACGAGUCGCACGAGUCGCACGACCGCACGCUGUGCGCCGCGCUGCGCCCGCUGCGGCUGUGGACGCGCGCGCACGCCCCGCGCACGCUGCCGCCGCACCUCGCCGACCUGCUCCAGGUACCGACCUCCGCCGUACGAGUCGCACGAGUCGCACGACCGCACGCUGUGCGCCGCGCUGCGCCCGCUGCGGCUGUGGACGCGCGCGCACGCCCCGCGCACGCUGCCGCCGCACCUCGCCGACCUGCUCCAGUCGCACGAGUCGCACGACCGCACGCUGUGCGCCGCGCUGCGCCCGCUGCGGCUGUGGACGCGCGCGCACGCCCCGCGCACGCUGCCGCCGCACCUCGCCGACCUGCUCCAGAAAAAUCUAUCUGCCAAGAACACGCCGCAAGUGGUACGCACUGCGUACGCGUCGCUGCUGGCGCACGUGGUGCGGGACGUGGGCGGGGGCGGGGGCGGGGGCGGGGACGCGGGCGCGGGCGCCCUGAAGCCGCUGCUGCUCGCCGCGCUCGACAAGGCCGCCCACCAGCCACUGCAGCACCUGGUGGUGAGCGAGGGCAUCAGCGCCCUGGCGUCGCUGGUGCUGGUGGACCGGGCGUCGUCCAGCGAGCUGGUGGCGCGGCCCGCGCUGCUGCCCGCCCUGCUGCACGACCGCGUGCUGGCCGCCGCCUGCGACGAUGUCCUAAUACAGGUGGUGUUGCUAUGCAGAACAGUGUUGGAAGACUACCCAAGUGUUGCCAGUGAACAGAACUCGCCCAUAUACAGAGCGUUCACUCUAGUCAUGCUGUCACCGGUCAAGCCGGUGCGGACCACCGCCAUAGAGGAAGUUAAAUCAUUACUAGCUAAAGAAGAUAGAGCCUUAUUGGCGAGGUAUUUAGUGCUUAAGUUGAAUGAAGUGCUGGAGGAGGGAAAGAUCUUCAGCAAUAAGGAGAAGUCGCCGCCUGAAGAGAAAGGCAGCGACGUUACAGGGAAGAUGAUAUUGGACUGUGUUCAAGCACUGUGUUCAUUUAGAGAUUACCCAGUAGUAGACGCACAAAGUCUAGCAAUAGACGCGUUACCGAGCUGCCACCACCCGCUGGUGGUGGCCAUCGACCGCCGCGCGUGGGUCAAACUCGUCUGCAACUUGCAGCUCGAACCUAAGAAGCUGGUGGGACAGUACGCUAACAACUUGAAGAAUACGUACAUCGUCGGGUAUACGCCAAAUGAGACGCUGUCGAACGUGGUGUCGACGCUGGCGGGUAUCAACACGGAGGUAAUCGCGAGCAGCGCUAUACAGGGUGCUCUCAACACGUUCCAGGACCGCGCGCUGCUGCGGGUCACGCGCGACGAGUACUUCACCUACCUCACGCCAGAGGGCGAGCUCUACGACAAGAGCUCCGUGCCCGGUAACGAGGACAACAAGGAGAUGAACAUGAAACGCGAGAGCAAGGCGUACAGCUACAAGGACCAGCUCGAGGAACUGCAGCUGCGCCGUGAGCUGGAAGAGAAGCGGCGCAAGCAGGGCAAAGUUAAAGAGGUGCCACUCACGGCCAAACAGAAGGAAGCGAUAAAGGCGCAGCUCGCAAAGGAGAGCGCCAUCCGACAGAGGCUCAGUGUGCUGGAGGCGCGCGUGUCGGCGGCGACCGGACUGGUGGCGGCCACGCAGCGCGGCGCCGUCGGUGCGGUGCGCACGGCGGCGCGGCGCCUGGUGAGCGGCGUGCUGGCGGCGCUGCGGUCGCCGCUGGCCGCGCCGCAGCUGGCGCCGCUGUACUGCGCGCUGCGGCCCGCGCUGCUGCCGCUGCCCGCACACCGCCCGCUCGCGGCGCUGCUCGCCGCGGUCACUCUCAGACUGCACAAGCCGCAAUGCGACCUGGACCCGAGCUGGGAAGAGGAGCCCCUUGAGAAGGCUACCAUCCGGACCAUCAACCUGCUGCAUGCCGCCACCGAGAUCAAGGAUAUAGUAGAUGAUGCCGGUGUACCGGUCCAGAACGACAACCACUUCACAGCACCGGGGUUCUGUUACGUGUUCCCAUUACUCAAAGAAGGUCUAACUGCUUCGGCUACACGUAAAGACGAGUCGACCAUGGUGAAUGGACUGACGGUUAUUACGAGGCACGUGAUGCUGCGCUCGGAUGACGAGAUGCUGCAGCCAGAACUGUUCCCCAUCGACCACAUGUUUAGGUUGCUCAUCGACCUUAUCAGCAGCACGAGCGGGCGCGUGCAGGCGGAGUGCACUGUGGCGCUGCUGGAGAGCGCGCGGUGCAGUGCGCGGGGCCACGUGGCCGCCGGGGACGUCCACUGCCUGCUGGCCGGCCUGCAGGACCCGCUACAGGUGGUUCGUGAUGCGGCUCUGCGCGCCCUGCUGUGGGUGGUGGACUGCCUACCGCCGUUGCUGGAGCACCCCCACAACGCCACCAAUCUCACCAAACGGCUACUGAUAGCCACCUUCGAUGUAUCAGAAGAUAACAAGAAGUUGGCGUGCGAGCUGUGGUCGAAAGUGCCACUGGCUCAGGAGUGGAGCCGCGAGGAGGCGGUGCUGGAGCUGGUGCUGGCCGACGUGGAGCACCCCGCCGAGCAGCUGCAGCGGGCCGCCGCCGCCGCGCUCGCUGACCUGCUGCAGCGACACCACCCCGCCGCCGGGCCGCGCGUGCUGCGCCGCCUGCAGGACGUCUACCUCGACAACCUGCCCAUGAUCCCGGCGCGACUGGACCAGUUCGGGCACGUGGUGGAGGCGGCGACGGACGCGUGGGGCUCGCGGCGCGGCGCGGCGCUGGCGCUGCGGGCGCUGGCGCCGCAGCUGGAGGCCGCGCACGUGGAGGACGCCAUGCGAUUCUUCGUGGAGCGCGCGCUCGCCGACCGCGACGAGCGCGUGCGCGCAGACAUGCUGGACGCCGCCAUGGCCAUCGUGGACCUGCACGGCAAGGAAACGUUAAGCAGCCAGCUGCCGGUGUUCGAGAACUUUCUGGACAAGGCUCCGAAGUCUGGCGGGUACGACGCUGUCCGAUCAGAUGGACAAAAAGUGGUCCUGCUGGUAGGGUCGCAAUUACAUCGGCAAAUAACCUGUCGCCUUUUAAAAAUAAAAUUGAAGAUGCUCGGUGUUUUAUCUACGCCCAGCCAACAGGUACAAGAAGCCGUCAGCAAUUGCCUGCCGCACCUCGUCAGCUCGCCGGCACUCGAAGAGGAGGUGCCCGCAAUUAUGAACAAACUCAUGAAGCAACUACUCACCGCUGAAAAAUACGGAGAUCGGAAGGGCGCGGCGUAUGGCAUCGCCGGUAUCAUCAAAGGCCUCGGCAUACUCUCCCUGAAGCAGCUCGACGUGAUGGGCAAACUCACAGAAGCUAUACAAGAGAAGAAGAACUACAAGUACCGUGAAGGUGCCCUGUUCGGCUUUGAGAUGCUGUGCUACAAGCUGGGUCGGCUGUUCGAGCCGUACAUAGUCCACGUGCUGCCGCAUCUCCUCCUCUGCUUCGGCGACAGCUCGCAGUACGUGCGCGCCGCCGCUGACGACACCGCUAAACUUAUCAUGAGCAAGCUGAGCGCGCACGGCGUCAAGCUCGUGCUACCCUCGCUGCUGCAGGCGUUGCAGGAUGAUAACUGGCGCACCAAGGCCGGGUCUAUCGAGCUGCUGGGUGCGAUGGCGUACUGCGCGCCGAAGCAGCUGUCGUCGUGUCUGCCGUCGAUCGUGCCCAAACUGAUCGAGGUGCUCAGCGACUCGCACAUGCGCGUGCAGGAGGCAGGCGCGGAGGCGCUCAAGGUCAUAGGAUCCGUCAUACGCAACCCAGAGAUACAAGCGAUCGUGCCGGUGCUGCUGUGCGCGCUGCAGGACCCGUCCAACAAGACGUCGGCGUGCCUGCAGACGCUGCUGGACACCAAGUUCGUGCACUUCAUCGACGCGCCGUCGCUGGCGCUCAUCAUGCCGGUGGUGCAGCGCGCGUUCCUCGACCGCAGCACGGAGACGCGCAAGAUGGCCGCGCAGAUCAUCGGCAACAUGUACUCGCUUACCGAUCAGAAGGACCUAAUGCCUUACCUGCCCAACAUCAUCCCGGGACUCAAGAACUCGCUCCUCGACCCCGUGCCAGAGGUGCGUUCUGUAUCGGCGCGCGCGCUCGGUGCCAUGGUGAAGGGCAUGGGCGAGAGCAGCUUCGAGGAGCUGCUGCCGUGGCUGAUGCACACCCUCACCUCGGAGAGCAGCAGCGUGGACCGCUCGGGCGCAGCACAGGGACUCUCAGAGGUGGUCGCAGGACUCGGGGUGCAGAAACUCCACAAGAUCAUGCCAGACAUAAUAGCGACUGCGGAGCGCACCGACAUCGCUCCACACGUAAAGGACGGCUACAUAAUGAUGUUCAUCUACAUGCCGGGUGCCUUCACCGACGAGUUCACCCCGUACAUCGGGCAGAUCAUCAACCCCAUACUGAAAGCCCUCGCAGACGAGAACGAGUACGUGCGCGAGACCGCGCUGAAGGCCGGACAGAGGAUCGUGAAUCUGUACGCGGAGACCGCCAUCACGUUACUGCUGCCGGAGCUGGAGCGGGGCCUGUUCGACGACAACUGGCGCAUCCGGUACAGCUCCGUGCAACUGCUCGGUGAUCUGCUGUACCGCAUCUCGGGCGUGUCCGGCAAGAUGAGCACGGAGACGGCGUCCGAAGAUGACAACUUUGGCACGGAGCACUCGCAUAAGGCCAUCAUGAGCGCGCUCGGCAGCGAGCGCAGGAACAGGGUGCUGGCCGGACUCUACAUGGGACGCAGCGAUGUCGCGCUCAUGGUGCGACAGGCCGCGCUGCACGUCUGGAAGGUGGUAGUGACCAACACACCAAAGACGCUGCGUGAGAUCUUGCCAACAUUGUUUACGCUACUGCUCGGCUGUCUCGCCUCCACGAGUUUCGAUAAACGUCAAGUCGCCGCGCGCACUCUCGGCGAUCUUGUUAGAAAGCAACUGGGCGAGCGCGUGCUGCCGGAGAUAAUUCCGAUCCUGGAGCGCGGCAUGCGGUCGGACCGCGCCGACCAGCGGCAAGGCGUCUGCAUCGGCCUCAGCGAGAUCCUCAACUCCACCUCGCGCGACGCCGUCAACAACUUCGCCGACGGACUGAUCCCGACCGUGCGCGCGGCGCUGUGCGACCCGCUGCCGGAGGUGCGUCAGGCGGCGGCGCGCACGUUCGACAGCCUGCAGGGCACCGUGGGCACCAAGGCGCUCGACGACAUCCUGCCGCACAUGCUGCGCGCGCUCAACGACCCCGACAGGGACGUCGCCGACGCCUCGCUCGACGGGCUCAAGCAGAUAAUGUCUCUGAAGUCCCGCGCGGUGCUGCCGUACCUGGUGCCGGUGCUGACGGCGGGCGGCGCGGGGGGCGUGGACACGCACGCGCUGUCGGCGCUGGCGGCGGCGGCGGGCGGCGCGCUGGGCCGCCACCUGCCGCGCGUGCUGCCCGCGCUGCUGUCCGCGCUGGUGGCCGCGCGCGGCCGCGUCGACGAGCCGCGCGAGCUCGACCACUGCCGCGACGCGCUGCUGCCCGUCACGGAGGCCGGCGGCGUGCGCUGCAUCGUGGACACGCUGCUGGAGGCGUCGCGCGGAGGCGCGGGGGGCGCGGGCGCGGCGGCGGCGGCGGGCGGCGCGGCGGCGGCGGGGGCGGCGGGGGGCGCGGAGGGCGGGCGGCGCCGCGCCGCGUCGGUGCUGCUGUGCGCGUACGUGUCGCACACGCGCGCCGACCUGGCGCCGCACGUGCCGCAGCUGCUGCGCGGGCUGCUGCUGCUGUUCGCGGACUCGGAGCGCGACGUGCUGCAGAUGGCGUGGGAGGCGCUGGCCGCGCUCACCAAGACGCUGGACGCCGAGCACCAGAUACUGCACGUGCACGACGUGCGCCAGGCCGUGCGGUACGCCGCCGCGGAUCUGCGACAGGACCUGCUGCCCGGGUUCUGUCUGCCCAAGGGUAUAGCACCAAUCCUGCCACUGUUCCGCGAGUCCAUCCUCAACGGUCUGCCGGAGGACAAGGAGAAUGCGGCGUUGAUGUUGGGCGAGGUGAUCAAGCUGACGUCCCCGGCCGCCAUCCAGCCGUCCGUGGUGCACAUCACGGGACCCCUCAUCCGUAUCCUCGGCGACCGGUUCAACUCCAGCGUCAAGGCCGCUGUGUUGGAGACACUGGCCUUGCUACUCUCCAAGGUGGGCGUGAUGCUGAAGCAGUUCCUGCCGCAGCUGCAGACGACAUUCCUGAAGGCGCUGCACGACCCCAACCGGGCCGUGCGCAUCAAGGCGGGGCUGGCGCUCUCGCAGCUGGUGGUCAUCCACACGCGCGCCGACCCUCUGUUCGUGGAGAUGCACAACGGCAUCAAGAACGCAGAAGACCCUGCCAUCCGGGAGACCAUGCUGCAGGCGCUGCGCAGCAUCAUCACGCGCGGCGGCGACAAGGUGUCGGAGCAGCUGGCGCUGGGCAUCCUGGGCACGCUGAGCGGGCCCGCGCUGCUGGCGCACGCGGACGACCCCCCGCGCGCGGCCGUGGGCGGCUGCCUGGGCGCGCUGCUGCACUGCCUGCCGCCCGCCCACCGCGACGCCGCCCUGCUGCACCACGUGCUGGCGCCCGCCCCCGCCCCCGCCGCGCCCGACGACUGGCUGCUGCAGCACGGCCGCUCGUGCGCGCUGUUCGUGGCGCUGAAGGAGACCCCGCACCACGUGUACCGCGACCCCUUCCAGGAGAAGAUCGAGCGCGCGCUGCUCGGGUACCUGGCCAGCGACCGCACGCCGCUCGCCUGCAACGCCAUCCGCGGCAUGGCCUACCUCAUGCGACACCUGCUGCAGGACGACCGCCCGCUGCCGCCCAACAUACUCUCGCAGUUCGUUAGGAGCAUGAACCACCCGAGCAACGAGGUGAAGCAGUUAAUGGCGAGCGCAAGCGCGGUGGUGGGGCGCGAGGCGGCGGCCGAAGGCAACGGCGGCGAGCUGCUGCGCGCGCUGCUGCCCGCGCUCGUCAACGGCACCAAGGAGAAGAACACCUACGUGCGCGCCAACUCAGAGCUCGCGCUGCGGCACGUGCUGCGUCUGCCGCACGACGAACGCUUCCACCAGCAGUGCGCGGCGCUGCUGGAGGAGGGCGCGCGGGAGGCGCUGGCGGACGUGGUGGCGCGCGUCCUGCGCCGCGCGCACUCCGACGCGCGCGACGACCACAACCUCGACUGCACGCUGCUCACCUAGGCCGCAAUAUAUUACUAACUAAUCAUUACUCCAUUGUAUUUAAUAAACUUAAUC